UCGGCGCCGGUUUUACGACAAAGUGCGGCUGCGCGGAGCGGCUGACGGCAGAGCCGCGCUGGUCUUGGAGAGGUCACCCCGGAGACGGUGGAGGUUUAGGGGAGUGGGACUCAGUGGCACUAUGUGGCGGGUCUGUGCGCUACGGGGCCAGCGUGCAGCCCCGGGGGCAGGACUCAGAGCUCGGUGGAUGGCCUUUCGAGAGGGACCCGGAGGUCCGUGUGUGAGCCUGCGGCCCAACCGCGCCCCGGCUCGUUCCAAAAGCACGACCACCCCAAGCUAUGGCCGGGUCCGGGCUCUUUGUGGCUGGAGCCCCAGCUCUGGUGCCCCUCCACGGAACCGCUUACUGCUGCAGCUUUGGGGAUCGCCCGGCCGCCGCUGUUACAGUCUGCCUCCGCAUCAGAAGGUACCGUUACCUUCUCUUUCCCCCACAAUGCAGGCAGGCACCAUAGCCCGUUGGGAAAAAAAAGAAGGGGAAAAAAUCAGUGAGGGUGAUCUAAUUGCAGAGGUUGAAACUGAUAAAGCCACAGUUGGAUUUGAGAGCCUAGAGGAGUGUUAUAUGGCAAAGAUACUUGUUGCUGAAGGUACCAGAGAUGUUCCAGUUGGAGCCAUCAUUUGUAUCACAGUUGGAAAGCUUGAGGAUAUUGAGGCUUUUAAAAACUAUACAUUGGAUUCUACUGCAGCACCCACCCCACAAACAGCCCCAGCACCAACUGCCGCCCCCGCUGCUGCUACUGCUUCUUCACCACCUGCACCUUCUUCUGCUCAGGCUCCUGGUAGCUCAUAUCCUACUCACAUGCAGGUGCUUCUUCCUGCCCUCUCUCCUACCAUGACCAUGGGCACAGUUCAGAGAUGGGAAAAAAAAGUAGGAGAGAAGCUAAGUGAAGGAGAUUUAUUGGCAGAGAUAGAGACUGACAAGGCCACUAUAGGUUUUGAAGUACAGGAAGAAGGUUAUCUGGCCAAAAUCCUGGUUCCUGAAGGCACAAGAGAUGUCCCUCUAGGGACCCCUCUUUGCAUCAUUGUAGAAAAAGAGGCUGAUAUAGCAGCAUUUGCUGAUUAUAGGCCAACUGAAGUAACUGAUUUAAAACCACAAGCACCACCACCUACCCCACCCCAGGUGGCAACUGUUCCUCCAAUUCCCCAACCUAUAACUCCUACACCCUCAGGCACUCCUGUUGCACUGGCUACUCCUGGUGGACCUAAGGGAAGGGUGUUUGUUAGCCCUCUUGCAAAGAAGUUGGCUGCAGAGAAAGGGAUAGACCUUACACAAGUAAAAGGGACAGGACCAGAUGGCAGAAUCAUCAAAAAGGACAUUGACUCUUUUGUGCCUGCUAAAGCUGCUCCUGCCCCAGCAGCUGCUGUGCCUCCCCCAAGUCCUGGGGUGGCACCUGUUCCUACAGGUAUCUUCACAGAUAUCCCGAUCAGCAACAUUCGCCGAGUUAUUGCACAGCGGUUAAUACAGUCAAAGCAAACUAUACCUCAUUAUUACCUUUCUAUUGAUGUAAAUAUGGGAGAAGUUUUGUUGGUACGGAAAGAACUUAAUAAGAUGUUAGAAGGAAAAAGCAAAAUUUCUGUCAAUGACUUCAUCAUAAAAGCUUCAGCUUUGGCAUGUUUAAAAGUUCCUGAAGCAAAUUCUUCUUGGAUGGACACAGUUAUAAGACAAAAUCAUGUUGUUGAUGUCAGUGUUGCUGUCAGUACUCCUGUAGGACUCAUCACACCUAUUGUCUUUAAUGCACAUAUAAAAGGACUGGAAACCAUUGCUAAUGAUGUUGUUUCUUUAGCAACCAAAGCCAGAGAGGGUAAACUACAACCACAGGAAUUCCAGGGUGGUACUUUUACAAUCUCUAAUUUAGGAAUGUUUGGAAUUAAGAAUUUCUCUGCUAUUAUUAAUCCACCUCAGGCUUGUAUUUUAGCAAUUGGUGCUUCAGAGGAUAGAUUGGUUCCAGCAGAUAAUGAAAAAGGAUUUGAUGUGGCUAGCAUGAUGUCUGUGACACUCAGUUGUGAUCAUCGAGUUGUGGAUGGAGCAGUUGGAGCCCAGUGGCUUGCUGAGUUUAGAAAGUACCUUGAAAAACCUAUUACUAUGUUGUUAUAAUUGACCUAAAAAUUUUCAGACUCACAUUGGUCACAUCAGGUCACAUUGGUUCAUUCUUAUUAGGAUAUGUCUAUGUUAUUAAACAUGGUUCUCUUAAAGUUCACCAGUUAUUUUUAUUAUGGAGUCUUUCCAGAUAAAUUUAUAAUGGCUUUACUGAAUUUUUUAAUGCCAGUUAUACCCAGAUAUUGUUCGUAAACACCAGAUUUUAAGCUGUAUACUUUUAGGCAAAGGACAUUUGCUAGCCUGGUGAUAAGUAUUUCCACUAGGAGAUGCAGGACAGGCAGAAUUGUGCUUCCCUAGAGACAAGUACUAAAAGUAACCUCAAUGACACUUUGCUGUUCAAAAUUAAAUUGCCUAAAAUUUCUUAGAUGUAAAGGAAAAUUACUUUUCUUACUUUUAUAUGAACCAUGGUUUAAAUUUUUCUGUUACAUGAUCUGGGUUUUGGUUUAACAUAUAUGGAAAGGAUAGAGGACUUCAAGAGAAAUAGAUGAAAUUUUAAAUGGUCAAAAUUUUCUUAGAUAUCUUCAAACAUUUAUUUUUCUAUAAAUGUUUAAAUGAAAUGGUUGCUUUCCCCUCUAAAGAUAAAAAUAUAAGCCAGUUUCUUGGUAUACACAAGGAUUUAUGUGGGUAUUUAUUUAAACAAAUGUGUUUAUUUAAACAAAUCCUCUCAGAAUUACGCAUUUGUUUAAAUAAAUGAGCAUGCAUAUAAAAUUUAACAGAAUUUAAGUUGUGGAAGUAGAAUUUUCCUUUAAGAUAGCUAAUUAUAAAUGAACUUAGUUAUCAGAAUUUAUUACUCAAAUAACUGGAAAGCUCUAUGAAAUAAAUACGAAAUACAUGUAUAUAUGUAAAAUAUGGUUACUAGAGUUGGAUAUGUGCCAAAGUCUAUCACCAAGUCCUGUCUGAAAAAAAGAGAAGGGGUAUAUUUGUGAAUGGUUUAGAAUGCUAAAAACAAUGAUGCCGUAGCUAGCAAUGCCUAUAUUUCCAUCUGUUUAAGAGGCUGAGGCUGGUGGAGCCCAGGAAUUUGAGGCCAGCCCGGGCAAUGUAGUGAGAUGUCUCAAAAAACAAAAUAAAACAAAUGAUGCCCAAAAUGGUGAUUUCUGCCUGCAGAAAGUAAAAAUGAUAAAUGUAAUUUUAGAAGUGUUUUUUGACCCUAACAUUGUCUCAUGUAAAACAAGAUAGCCCUAAAAUCCUGCUGGAGAGAAAAAAAUUCAUUCAGUGGCUACCUCAUCAACCUAAAUACUUUUUAAAUUUUAAUUUUAUUGUGUUUUGCUUUGCUUUUCUUUUUUCUUUUUUCUUUUUUUGGUACCAGGGAUCGAACUCAGGUCCUUGUGCUUGCGCAGCAGGCAGCAAAACCACUGAGCUAAAUCCCCAGCCCCUUGCUUUUCUUUUAGAGGGAAGGAGGACAUGAUAUUUAGGAUAAUAAAAAUGAAUUGGGAACAUUACCACAAUUCCAGACUUUCUGUUGAAUUGAUGGGUUUUAAUAAAUGUUUGGAAUUAUUUAUGACUAUUUAAAAUAAACCUGACCAGUGCUUCCUUGUAUAUGUAAUAUGUGGAGCUAUCAUCUGAGAUUUGCUUUGUUUCAAUGUGUUGAAUUAUUUCUCAAUGUUCAUUAUUACAUGGUGCGUAAGUGACACUCCAUAUUUUCCACAAACAUUUACUUUACUAUAUUAUUAUGAAAACAGUUCACUACAUUAAUGUGACUUUUCAAUAAUUAGUAAUUUUAGGUUGAAUUGAAGAUUACGUAAAAACAGUAAGUUUAUCACAAGGGACCAUCAUCAUUCUGGGCCAGAUCUGGUUCCACCAGAUGAAUCUUCAAAAAUAAUUCUUUCCUAAUGUUUGUGGCUCUCUUUGUUCCCUUGAAGGAAAAAUAAAGUUGCCACCUACUAAAAAUGGCUUGAGUUAAGAAUUUAUCUCAGCUAUAAUCUAAAUCUGGAGUGACUAUAUUUCUCUUACCAGAACUGAAGGAAGAAAAUUAGAAAAAGUGUUGUUUAAAUAAGAUUACUUAAAAAUUAAACUUUGUUUUCAAUA